CAAACCAUUUCCACUUACUCUCUCUCUUUACGGAACUAUGCCGGUCGACGGUUCUUCAACCACCGCCCCCACCGUCUGCGUCACCGGCGCCGGCGGCUUCAUUGCCUCAUGGAUAGUUAAGCUUCUUCUCCAGAAAGGCUAUAUCGUAAGAGGAACCGUCAGAAAUCCAGAGGAUCCGAAGAACGGCCAUUUGAAAGAAUUUGAAGGCGCGGCGGAGCGAUUCAGUUUGUAUAAAGCCGAUCUUCUCGAUUUCGAGAGCCUUAGGGCGGCGAUUAACGGAUGCGAUGGCGUUUUCCACACGGCGUCGCCUGUAACUGACGAUCCGGAGCAAAUGGUGGAACCGGCGGUCAAUGGCACGAAGAAUGUUAUAAUCGCGGCGGCCGAAGCCAAAGUCCGUCGCGUGGUUUUCACUUCGUCGAUUGGUGCAGUCUACAUGGACCCCAGCCGUGGUCCAGACGAGAUCGUAGACGAGUCCUGCUGGAGCGAUCUAGAGUUCUGCAAGAACACCAAGAAUUGGUAUUGCUAUGGAAAAGCUGUCGCAGAGCAGGCGGCAUGGGAGGUUGCGAAGGAGAAGGGGGUGGACUUGGUGGUGGUGAAUCCGGUGCUGGUGCUGGGCCCACUGUUGCAACCCACCAUUAAUGCCAGCAUUAUCCACAUACUCAAGUACUUGACUGGAUCAGCUAAGACGUACGCCAAUUCCGUUCAGGCGUACGUCCACGUGAAGGAUGUUGCACUUGCACAUAUCCUCGUGUACGAGAACCCCUCCGCCUCCGGCCGGUACCUCUGCGCCGAGAGUGUUCUCCAUAGAGGGGAGAUCGUUGAGAUUCUUGCCAAAUUGUUCCCGGAAUACCCUAUUCCCACCAAGUGCUCAGAUGAAGUGAACCCAAGGAAGAAGGCAUACAAAUUCUCAAACCAGAAGCUGAAGGACUUAGGAUUGGAGUUCACUCCAGUGAAGCAGUGUCUAUAUGAAACCGUUAAGAACUUACAGGAGAAAGGUCAUCUCACGAUCCCCACUUCUACCCAACCAGCAGACUCCAUUCGAAUUCAAUCUUAAAUCAUAGUGUUAUAGAACUGAAUGCAUUGGUUUGGGUACUAAAUGCAUCGCAAUAUGUAUAAGCUCUUUAAGCUUUGAAUGUUUUCCCCACGUUGUUCCUAUACUUUAAACAACGUGAAUGCAUGUAAGUUUCUCUUUAAAAGUGUAUGUGAUUGAUUUUUGCAGUCAUGACUUUGAUAUU